AUGUCACUUCCUAAAGAAGUAGAAGAUGAACUGCCAGGGUUUGAAGCGCCUACGCAGGAGAUAGAAAAGAAAGAUGGCCCAAGCAGUAAAAAGAAAAGUUCAGGAGGCUUUCAGUCGAUGGGAUUUAGUUUUCCUAUCCUUAGAGGUAUUGCAAAAAGAGGCUACAAACAGCCUACCCCUAUUCAAAGGAAGACAAUACCAUUAGCUUUGGAUAAUAAAGAUGUUGUGGCUAUGGCUCGAACAGGUUCAGGCAAAACGGCAUGUUUUGUUCUGCCUAUACUGGAAAAGCUUAUAUCGCCUAACCAUAAAACAUUACCUGGUAAAAAUUUAAGAGCCCUUAUUUUCUCUCCUACCAGAGAACUGGCUUUGCAGACAAUCAAGUUUGUGCGAGAACUAGGAAAGUUCACAGGGCUAACAUCAGUGGCUAUACUUGGUGGUGAAUCAAUAGAUCAACAGUUUGGUUUAAUGUCAGGAGAUAUACCAGAUAUUGUAGUUGCAACCCCAGGUCGUUUCUUACACAUUUGUAUUGAAAUGAACUUAAAAUUAGACAAUAUUAAAACGGUUGUAUUUGACGAAGCUGACAGACUUUUUGAAUUGGGUUUUGGUGAGCAACUACGUGAACUUGUUGCCCGUUUACCAUCAACUAGGCAGACAUUGCUGUUCUCUGCAACUUUACCAAAAAUGCUGGUAGAGUUUGCUCGAGCAGGUCUUAGUGAUCCUGUACUUUUAAGAUUGGAUGUGGAUUGGAAGUUACCGUCUACUUUAUGGCUGGGUUGGAUUGUAGUCAGAGCUGAAUUGAAAACUGCAGCAUUGUUAUUACUUUUGGAUAAAGUGUUGACGUCGAAUACACCUCAGGCUGUUGUGUUUGCUGCCACAAAACAUCAUGUGGAAUAUUUACAUUUGAUACUCCAAAAAGUAGGUAUAUCUUCCACCUAUGCAUACUCUGGUCUGGAUUCAUCAGCUCGUAAAAUAGCACUUGGCAAAUUUACAAAUAAGAGAUGCUCAGUGCUCAUUGUAACCGAUGUGGCCGCUAGAGGGUUGGACUUGCCAUCUUUGGAUACGGUCAUAAACUACAACUUUCCAGCUAAGCCAAAGUUGUUUGUGCAUAGAGUUGGUAGAAGUGCCCGUGCUGGUAGAUCAGGUCGCGCCUUCUCUUUGGUCGCCGCUGAAGACGUCGCACAUUUGUUAGACUUGCAACUUUUCCUUGGAGCUGAACUAAUUAAUCCCUCACAGGUAAACGAAAAUGGAACAGCUUGUCCAAGCGGUGUUUGGGGUUCGAUGUCGACCACUGCCUUGGAACUGCGACACCAGGACGUCAUGGCUUGGGAGAAGAAUCACUCGGAAAUAGAAGAUGCAGCGCGCGUGUGUGGUCGUGGUUGGCAACAAUACAUAAAAUGGCGUGAACCAGCAUCAGCUGACGCCAACAAACGAGCGAAACUCGUCAAUUUACCCUCUUUGGUUCAUCCGUUUCUGUUGGAGGAGGGGCAGGAUGCUGUGGUGGAGCUGGUUGAUAAGAUCAAGAAUUUCAGGCCUAAAGGGACAAUUCUAGAGCUGACAGGCAGAAACGAUUCUCCAAUGUACCUCGCUAUGAAAGCCAAGCGACGGGUGCACGGGAAGACUGUUCAAAAGACGAGAGAAAAUAAGGACGGAUUGGGUGACAAUGUUCUUCAAGAAAACUCGCUGACAACUGUAAAUAAACCGGAGAUAGGAAAAGGCAAGAGGAAGAAAGAAGCUGUCCGAGAUGAGAAUUAUAUUCCACACUUUGCAAGCGAUCAACACACUGAGACCGGUAUGUCGGUGAACUUCUCUGCCGGAGCUUCUCAAGCCGAACUAGACAUGGGUGUGGACUGUGGCGAGGGAGAAAGAGUGAGAAAAUCUCAGAUGCGUUGGGACAGAAAAAGAAAGAAGAUGGUGCACGUUGAUCCCGACGGUGGUCGCAAAAUGAUUCGCACGGAGAGCGGCGGACGCGUGCCCGCGUCUUACCGAAGCGGGAGAUACGACGAGUGGAAGAGACGGAACCACACCAGCGAACACGACGAGGAUGAUACGCGUGCUAAGAGCAAACAACCAUCUGAAUUCCGUCCCCGCUGGGUGAAGCACAACGAGCGCAUCGCCAAGAAGAAAGUUGACUCCUCGUCACGAGAGAUGAGGGACAAACAGCAGAUCGUUAAGGAACGUCUGCGAAGGGACAAGGUCAAGCAGAAGCUCAAGUUCAAAUCGCGUGGCAAAAAGAAAAAGAAGUGA